CCGCGUCGACCGCAUAUAAUCGCCAGUAGCCAACCUAACGCGUGCGAAAAGUCCAAACAAUCCAAAUUCGUGUCAAUUGAACUCGUCAAAUUCACACCUGUCCUUCUAAGCUAUAUCCGAAGUCCAAUUAACAGCAUGGGGUCCCUCCACCCAACCAAGAAGACAAUGAAGGCGCAACAAUACGACGCGCGCGACAACGCGCUCCACCUCAACGAAAUCCCCAUCCCUUCGCCCCGCGCGCACGAACUCCUCGUCAAAGUCGCCUGCGCCUCGCUCUGCCACUCGGACGUCAUGCUCUUCGAGCCCAACGACCAAGGCCUGAUCCUGGGCAGCAACCCGUGCGUGACCAUCGGGCACGAGGGCUCCGGCUUCGUCGUGGCGUCCGGCUCCGCCGACCUGGGCUUCAAAGCCGGCGACAAGGUCGGCUUCCUGUGCGCGGUCGACUGCUGCUUCGACUGCUACGCGUGCCGGAACGUGCACAACAGCUGGUGCGUGACGGGGAACACGAAGAUGCAGGGGUUCACGGUGGACGGGUACUUUCAGGAGUAUGUGUGUGUGGAUGCGCGCGCGGCGAUGGUGCUGCCGGAGGGGCUGGAUGUGUAUAAGGCGGCGCCGCUGUUUUGUGCGGGGGUUACGGCGUUUCAUGGGGUCGAGGAUUGUCAUCUGGAGGAGGGGAAGUGGAUGGCGGUGGUGGGGUGUGGGGGGUUGGGGCAUCUGGGGAUUAUGUAUGCGAAGGCAAUGGGCCUCAAAGUCAUCGGCCUCGACAUCGCGCCUCAGGCCCUCGACGCCGCGAAAGAAUCAGGCGCCGAUCACGUCUUCAAUACCAUGACGGACAAGGACUGGCAGAAGAAGAUUAUCGAGUUGACCGACGGUGGUGUGGAUGCGGCUGUGAACUUCACGGCUUCGAAGAAAUCGUACGAUGACGCGCCGGCUAUCAUCCGCCCUGGGUCUGGAAUCCUGAUGGUGGUUGGAAUCCCACAGAAGCCUAUUGAACUGAAUGCGUUGGAUAUUGCGUUAGGCAGGUAUCGGGUGCUAGGGAGUAACAAUGGGACAUGCUAUAAUAUGCGGUCGUGUAUUGAGUUCAGCGCCAAACACAACAUCAAUGCACAUCUAACACACUACAAGCUGGAGGAGGUGCCGAAGAUGAUUGAGCUGAUGAACUCGCAUAAAGCCCAAGGGAGGAUGGGCGUUAGGUUUGACUAGAUUAAUUAGUUUAGCACAAUGGACAUCCAAAUACUCU